AUGGAGGCUGCUUCUGGCAACCACGUGAAAGUGGGCAAAAUACUGCUCGACCAUGGAGCCGACGUAAACGCCCUGCCAGUACUAAGCUCUCGAGACACUGCCCUCACUAUCGCUGCGGACAAGGGACGCACGGAGUUUGUGAAAUUGCUACUGGAACGUGGCGCCAUCGUCGAAGCCCGAAACAAAAAAGGCGCAACAUCUCUCUGGCUGGCCUGCAAC